GCAGGAUAUAACCUGUAAAACAACAAUGCCUGGUAAUACACACGCCGAGGGGGAAGGUAAUGACUCUUUACCACAAGUCUAGAAUCAGCGCAUUCAGCUACUUGUCAGAAAUUUAUUCAGACUUUAAUCAACAAAUUAGACUCCCUCUCACAUGGUGGUGUUGUCAUGGGAGGUUACAAGAGAAAAGUGGGAGUGACUGAUGGAGGUGGACAAAGGGAAGCAGUCACAGAGGAGAGAGUGAAGCUCGACAACUGUAAGGAAGGUGUAGAUGCAAAAAAAAAAGAAGAAUGUGAGGACAUGUGAGGGGGAAAAAAAGCAGACUUUGUGGAAAAAUAAGCAUAAAUGAAGGAGUGUCUGCUGGUGACGGUGUGGAUGGAGUUCAGCCCCCUUGCUCCUGGAGGAAAUAAUCCCAUUUAGACCAGACUGACAUGAUGUGGACAACAACUGUCCUCCUGCUGCUGCUGCCUCACCUGCUUUCCUCCGCAGACAAAGGGAACAGUGGUGAUUUUAACCAAUCAGAGAUAGGGGAUGAGGACUUUUCUGAUGCCCCUGUCAAAGCCCAGAAACCUGCAGGGGAGGUCAGAGGUCGAGACACGUGCUCCAUCCCCUGUGACAUCACUGUCAAGCUGCUACGAGAUGAAAAACACUCCAUCUGUGGUCAGCUACAACAGUCUCUGUUAGCUUUUGGACGCAGCACCCGGAAGCUGAUCAGGGAUGUGAUGGAGGAGCAGCAGAGAGCUCUGGACAUCCUCAGCAGUCAGGUCACGGAGCUGAUGACCAAAGUGCAGACGCUCAGCUCUGAAGUUCAGAGAAGCAACACUGAGAUGUACUCCAUAAAGCCUGUUCAGUCCCACGGACGAGACUGCAGUGACAUCAAGGACAAUCUUGUGUCGGUCGUCCCAAAGAUCCCCAGUGGUAUUUACAUCAUCCAUCCAGACAAUACUGACUCUUCUUUUGAGGUGUUCUGUGAGAUGGACUACAUGGGAGGAGGAUGGACGGUGAUGCAGAGGAGGACUGAUGGAUUAACGGACUUCAAGCGACCCUGGGCUGAUUACGUUGACGGCUUUGGACACCUUGCAGGAGAACACUGGCUGGGCCUGAAGAAGGCGUUUCAUAUAGUAAACCAGAAAGACACUCGGUUCCAACUUCACAUCGCUUUAGUUUCCCACGAUGAUGUCACCUCUUAUGCGUCAUAUGAUGACUUCCGCCUCGACAAUGAAACACAGUUCUUCAGUAUACACCUGGGAAGAUAUGCAGGCAGUGCAGGUGAUGCAUUCCGCGGCUAUGACCAGGAUCAGAACCAGGACACAGCUCCGUUUAGCGCCUCAGACGUUGACAAUGACGGCUGCAAUCCUUUCUGCUCCCUCGGUAACUCCACUGUGGAGAGCUGCAGCAUGCAGCAGAACCAGACUGGAUGGUGGUUCAACCAGUGUGGCCUGGCCAACCUCAACGGCUCUCCUGAGGAUCCAGAGCAGAACCAAGGCCAGAGGACACACAUCCUGUGGGACACCUGGAGGCAAAAAGGAGUCCCUCACACCAUCAAAUCUGUCACCAUGAAGAUCAGGAGGAUUGCAACCAACAACUGACAGCUAGAGGAGGGAGAAUGUAGAUAUAACAACUGAAAGUUUUUAAUAAAACAGGAUAGACAUUU